CUUCGGUAAAAUCCCCCGGGAAACAUCUCAAACCUGAGAACCAAGAUUUAUGGCUGUGUCUCACUUUUCAUUGGCUGCAUAACCAGAGAAAGAAAAAGAAAUUAUUUAUUUAUUUAUUUUUGUCUAAAAAAUAAUGGUUCGCUUUCUUUCUCUUACACAUACAGCUGCAGGCAUCUCCACCACUCCAAUCACAACACAGAAAACACACCCACAAGUGUUGCAGAGAGAUCUGAGUUAAAUUUCUUGCUGGCGUUGUUGGUGUUCUUCUUCUCCCGCACGUGUGAGAAAUAAUGGAGUCAGAUCUCGAGCAACAAGCUCCGGUGAAUUCUUCGGGUUUGACACGGUACCGAUCGGCGCCGAGCUCUUAUUUCUCCAACAUCAUCGACCGCGAGUUCUACGAGCACAUUUUCAACCGUCCCUCGAGUCCAGAAACUGAGCGAGUCUUCUCGGGCUUCAUCAACAGCUUAAGCGCCGAUGCUGCACCGGAAGAACAAGAAGAAGAAAAAGAAAAAGAAGAAGAAGAUUCGCUUCAUCGCAAGCUCUCAACUGAUUCCGCUAUUAAGGAAGAAGAGGUUAGCAACCCGCAGGAACACGUGGCGCUUCACGGGACCAAUAGUAACAUGAGUGCUUAUAACUCAGCUUCUCAUCAUUUCUUCCAAACCUCUUCCAAACCACCUUUGCCCAACCACAACAACUUUCCCUCGGCUAUGGAAGGAACGUAUUCAAUGGGACUCAGAAAUAAUUCUAACCUUAUCCGCCACAGUAGUUCCCCUGCUGGACUAUUUUCCCAAAUUAACAUUGAAAAUGUGUAUGCUGGAGUGAGAGGCGUGGGGACCUUGGGGGCGGUUAAUAACAGUGUUGAAGAAGCGAAAUUUUCUGCAUCGAGGAGGUUGAAGAAUCAACAGAAUUUUGGGUCGGGGCGAAUGUCGUCCAUAGCUGAAAUUGGGGACAGGAAUAGAGAAGGUAGUCCUGAUAAUGAAGGUUUUGUUGAUGGUGGUAACGAUUUUAUGGCUGGUUUUCAAGGUGGUGGUCAUUGGGAUGAUUCUGCAAUGAUGUCUGACAACGUGGGUGGUGUGAAAAGAUUUAGAGAAAACGAUGGAAAACCAUUUUCUGGAGCUGAGACUCAGGUAAAUGAAACGGGACAGAAUCCUGGUCCUUUGGCCCAUCAAAUGAGUUUGCCGAAUACUUCAGCUGAAAUGGCAGCCAUUGAGAAGUUUCUGCACUUUUCAGAUUCAGUUCCGUGCAAAAUUCGUGCCAAGCGUGGCUGUGCCACUCACCCUAGAAGCAUUGCAGAGAGGGUUAGAAGAACUAAAAUUAGCGAGCGUAUGAGGAAACUUCAAGAUCUUGUCCCAAACAUGGACAAGCAAACAAACACGGCAGAUAUGUUGGACUUGGCUGUGGAUUACAUCAAAGACCUUCAAAAGCAAGUUCAGACGCUUUCAGACGUUCAAGCUAAGUGUACGUGUUCACAUGAGAAGCAACAAUAACGGCGAAAAGGGUGACAUAUUGGACGACCUAGCUUGUGUUUGUGCAACUUCUUCAACGGUUGUGGAGGUGGGGGAGGAAAAUUGCUUAUAAAAGUUGACUUUUGAUGCUGCAUGACCACAGCAUGUCAUGUCUGUACGCAAAAAACUAUGUCGUGAGUUUAAUCCGUAGGCUUGGAGGACCCCAUUUAGGGGUCGAAAAAUCUAAAUUUAUUGGUAUUGCAGUAACGUAAGGGUUUGGUUUCACAAGGAAUGGCAUAGGACCGACAUGGUUUCGUUAGUGAAACAAGUUUGAGGUUUACCGUUUACCUCACCCUCUUUUUCCACUUUCCCCCUCGAGACAAAGCCAAUUUGGUGGUUGUCAUAUCCAUUUUUGGGUUUUAAUACCUAAACCAUUUACGAAUGGUGGCUCUGCUUUGUUAUGAGGUUUUUGUUUUUUUGGAUGCUAUAUGUCAACAAUUUGGAUUCGACCACUCUAGUUAAAUAUAUGAUUACUUGCAUGAUGUGAGUGCAAAUUACAACA